AUGCAUCGUGGGAUCGCUCGGUGCCUCUUUCUUUUCACCCUUUUGGGGCUCCUCUCAUUCGUCCCUCAGGCGAUCGCGGCUGGAGAAGCGCUCGACGAAGCGACCGAAGGCGCCGUGGAAACACAGAGGGGUGCCGCGGAAGAUGAUGAUACCCUCGUGCCAGCAGAUGAUGAGCACGAAGACGAAGAACACGAUGAUGAGGACGACCACGAAGCAGACUUCGAAUCCUUGAUCCAAAUGAUGGGAAAAGACAUGAAUGUGAACUUGCCACAGAACGACAUGUCCAAGUUUGCCGCAGUUCUCAAGGAGUUGACAGACCACAUUGACAGCGCUCAUAAACAGCACGCGGAAAUCGCUGAGAAGCCGCAUCCGUUUCUAAAGAAGAUCAUGUCUCAACGCACACAUGACAAGAUGGUUACCACCCUUCAGAAGAUCUACACAAAAGUGCCGCGAGACGAGAUCAACGAUCAGCUCCAAGCCGUCAUGGCGCUUCUCCAACACCUCAAGGAUGAUCCGCACAUGUCUCCGAAGCAACUGCUCGAGAAGACAGCGACGCAUUUGGGGAUGCCUCUCACCGCUGACAUGUUUGAGGACAUGAAGAAGCACAUGGGGUGGGCGGAGAAGUUUUUCGGUCUCUUCAAUCCAGGCGAGUUGGAAGAAGAAAAGGCGGAGGAGUUGUAA